AGAAGAAGAAGACAGUCAGCGAAACCGGAAAUGUCAACCGAGUGAGUGCGAAGAGAAGUAGACUGCAUUAUAUCUCCACUUUAAAAUACAUGAUGGAUUUCUAAUUUAAAGGAAGAAACGGUCAUACAACAUUGUCAAAGAGCAAACUGCAAAUAUGACAAAUGUGUACUCUUUCGAUGGCAUCCUGGUGUUUGGGCUGCUGUUCAUCUGCACUUGUGCAUACCUCAAAAAGGUGCCUCGUAUCAACAGCUGGCUGCUGUCGGAGAAGAAAGGAGUGUGGGGCGUCUUCUACAAAGCUGCGAUAAUUGGGACGCGACUUCAUAUUGCCGUGGCGAUGUCCUGUUUGGCCAUGGCUUUCUACGUUGUCUUCUUGAAAUGAUAGAGUCAGACUGGACUGGAAAAGACUGGAUGGGUGCAGGCUGGGGAUGGACUCCCCUCUGUGGUCAUGUGCUAAUCCUUGUUGUGGGACACCUCUUGGAUUACUUGCCUGAUAAAAACCCAUUGGCCCUGUGGACCCUUGUGAAAGACUAGCCAGUGCUGCCCCCUUCUGGUGGCUGGGUGUAUAACUCCUCCCUUAAUAAUGUGUGUGCACUACAGACAUGAUGGGCAUCCUGAAUCUACUCCACAGUUAUUACAGAGGAGCGAGCCUGUUGGGUCACAUGUUGUAGGGUAACUCUGUUGGUUGUCUCCACCCACACCGCAUAAAUAUUUAUAUUGAAGGAUGCAGAAGAUCGAAGGGCAGUGUGUGCAUUAUACAUUAUAUGUGUAUACAACCUCAAAUUAGCCUAGCUGUAUAUAUUUGGAAAAAGAUAUGACCAGUAGAGAUUUGCCAGAGGUUAUGUGUGAUCCAGCUGAAAAUGAUCAAUUCUGCUUGCUCCCAGCUAUGCUGUUUUUUUCUGUAUCACUUCUUCUGUCAAGGGUGGAGGGGAAGAGAAACAAAGCUAAUAUAUAAAGAUGUUCUUGUGUACCCCAUAUAUUUUCUUUUUUCAUUUCUUAACAGUGCUGUUUGGCAUCUUUUAAACUUUGUUUUAGGUUUGAAAUACCCACUUUGCACAGGUGUUGUAUUUACUUUGACAUCUAAUGCUAGAUAACAUGUUACAAAUUAAACUAAGUCACGGAGGAGUCAAAGUCCUAUCACAAUUGUAGAGUGUCACAGAGAGAAGAGUAAUAACUUUAAAAGAGGCAUAUCUCAACAUAUUGUGAAAAUUAGCUCUAUCAGACUUGCCUGAAGAUUUAAAUGCAAUGCCAAAUAGGGAUGGUGCUUCCCAUGCCAUCUUAAUUAUAUACUGUUAUUCUAAGUUUAAUUCUGCCACCUUUAUUUUUUAUUUUUUUUUUAAGAAGAAAUUGUUUGGGGGGGGUGGAAUGCAAUUUUGAGUAAAACAUUAAUCAGACAAUUUCUGUGUUUGUUGUCUUUAAAAAAACAAAACAUGUCAGGCCUCAAGUGGCAUUCAGUGCCUAUACGUGUUCACCCCAGUCCCUUUGGAGUUUUUCAUGUCUUAUUGAGCUACAAUCUUGAAUCACAGUCGAAGUAAUUAUGUUUUUUGGCAUUAAUCAACAGAACACAAAAAAGGACAAAGACACCUCCAAAUGAAUCACAAAUCUGAAAUAAUUGAAUGUAUAUGAAUUUACCCUCUUCAAGUUAAUAUUUAGUUGAGGCAGUUUUGACAGCAGUAUGUUCAUAGAUCUGUAUCAGAUUUGCACUUCUGGUCAUAUCAAUUUAGCCUCCAUUCUUCUUUGCAAAAUUGCUCAAGCUCAGUUAAGUCACAUUAGGACUGAUUGAAAAACAGUUUUCAUCUCCUGCCACAAACUGGAUUGGAACUGCGGACUGAUUUUGGCCAUUCCUGGACAUUCACUUUUUACGGCCGUCUAUGUGCAGCGUUGACUUCAUGUUUGGGGUUGUUGUCUUGCUGUAAAAAUAAAUCAUCUCUCAUCAUCUCA